AAAGCUGGUUUACUGGGUCGAAUACAGUGUUCAACAAACAUGACCGUUGACGAAGGCGGCCAACGCUUUGUGCUGCCCACCGUAGCAGAUAACCCGAAUGGGUGGGGCCCGUCGACCAUUCCAGAGGAACUCUCACAGGUUCCGUAUGCACCAUACUCAAAAUCCGAUCGUCUGGGAAAGAUUGCAGACUGGACCGCACCAGCUGGCAGUGACGGAUAUGGAUACGACAGACGCUUUGGGGGAGAUGGCGACCGCAGACGUCGCUUUGGUCCUGCGCAAGAAUCCUUUGGAAGCGGUCUUUCGUCCAUGUUUGCAUACACGGUGGCCGCCGACGACGAAGCCACUUUCUCAGUCGUGGACCGUCAGAGCACUACCCAGAAAAAGCCAGGGUUCAAAACUCAACGGGGCGCGAGAGCAGGUGGACGAGGCGGUGGUGCGUGGCAAUCUAGGACUGGCAGUCAGGCUGGUGGUGCCAGGAGGGAUGACAGACGAGGCCAGCAGGGACCCCGGAGGCGUUAUGGUGGCUAUAAUGAUAAGCCAACCAGGAUCAGGGAUGCGAGUGUCCAAGUCGGUCCGGAGUGGAAGGUUAUUGAAGAACUAGAUUUUCCGCGAAUGAACAAACUGUACUACGAAGUGGAAGAACCUGAGGACCUAUCGGGUCACGGUGUUUUCAACUACUACGAUAAAACAUUUGAUCGCAUCAAUACCAAGCAGGAAAAACCUUUGCAGCAGAUUGAUCGCAACUUCCUCAACGUAACCGCCAGCGAUGACCCGGUUCUUGUCAGUCAUGCGAAGAGGGCAUCAGAAGGGGUCACUGUUUACUCCACGGACAACGUCUUAGCUACAUUGAUGUGUGCUACCCGCGCUGUGUAUUCGUGGGAUAUCAUCGUCAAUAAGCAGGACAACAAGCUGUUCUUUGACAAGCGUGACGGUGGAGCUUUCGAUUUUGUGAGUGUGAAUGAAAAUGCAGCUGACCCGCCGAUGGAUGGAGCCGACAAGGACAAUAUCAACACACCUCAAGCGCUGGCCAUGGAGGCGACGUACAUCAACCGCAAUUUCUCUCAGCAAGCGCUUAGAGACAACGAAAAGGUUGUAAUGCCACAGCGUAACCCGUUCGACGAGAACAGCCAAUCUGAACCAACCCCAUCCCUUGCUUACCGAUACCGACAAUGGAGUCUUGGGGACGGCAUCAGCCUUGUCGCUCGUACCCAAAUCGAUGCCGCCCUGCAUCAACCUGGCGCCAAUUCCCAACAGCCCACCGGUGUCCUGAAGCCCAAGAGCUCAGCGCACCCACCCACUGACACUUACUUCGUGAACGUGAAGGCAUUGAACGAGUUCGACUCCCGCGCUCCGGGAAGCGGUGGUGCCCCUGAUUGGAGGCAGAAGCUUGACUCUCAACGUGGAGCUGUAAUGGCCACUGAGAUCAAGAACAAUGGGAACAAAUUGGCACGGUGGGCUAUGGAAAGCAUUCUGUCUGGUGCGGAUCAGCUCCGUCUUGGAUUUGUGUCAAGAGUAAAUCCGAAGGAUCGUAACAGGCAUACGAUUUUGGGAACAAGCGCAUUCAAGCCUCGCGAUUUAACCAGUCAAAUGAACUUCAACGUUGGUAAUGGAUGGGGUAUCUUGAAAAUGUUUGUGGAUUUAUGUGUAAAUACCCUGGAAGAUGGAAAAUACGUUCUUGUAAAAGAUCCAAACAAGCCCUUGCUUCGAUUGUACUCGGUUCCAGAUGACACGUUUGAGGCAGAAGAAGACGUGCCUGAAAACGUUAGUGAGGCAGUGGAGGAUCAGGACCAGUAGUGCUGCAAUAUCUACUUUUGCAUAUUUUUCAAUAUAAAUAAAAAUCCGGCACAAAAUACUUAUUUCAAUUACGCGGGAACGAUACAAGAAAAUACAUAUGUUGCGUCACCCAAA